CCCUAUCCAAUCGGAGCGCUAGCUCCUGCGCGCACGCGUAAUCUCGCGGGUCGACGACGGCGGCCGGGAGGCGGAAGUGAGGGUUGUUGUGGCUCGCUGGGUUGCGCGCGGAGCUGCUGCUACCGAGGCAGCGGCGGCGGCGCUGAGGCGGUGGCAACGCUGCCGACCCUGGGCCGCCCGGCCUCUCAGCUCGCCUUCCACCCUCGCCUGAGCCCGCCGGGGCCCGCGCCGGCCAGCGCCUGCCCUAUGAGUGUGUCACUGGUUGUCAUCCGACUGGAGCUUGCGGAACACUCGCCCGUCCCCGCCGGCUUCGGCUUCAGCGCCGCCGCUGGGGAAAUGUCUGAUGAGGAGAUCAAAAAGAAGACACUAGCUUCAGCCGUAGCCUCUUUAGAAGGGAAGUCACCAGGGGAGAAAGCAGCAAUCAUACAUCAGCAUCUUGGCCGUCGAGAAAUGACAGAUAUGAUCAUUGAGACCAUGAAGUCCAAUCCAGAUGAGCUGAAAGCCACAAUGGAAGAAAGGAAGUCUUCAGAAGCAUCUCCCACUGCACAGAGAAGUAAAGAUCAAAGUAUAGAAUGCAUAAACGCUGCUCCCGAUUCUCCAUCCAAACAGCUUCCAGACCAGAUUUCGUUCUUUAGUGGAAACCCAUCAGUUGAAAUAGUUCAUGGUAUUAUGCAUCUAUACAAGACAAAGUCCCCACUGGGAAACAGUGAAUACUCAGGUCGCCUUUUGGGAUCACACCUGUUGAAUAAGAUGACCUCCUUAAAAGAAGAUGUGAGGCGCAGUGCCAUGCUGUGUAUUCUCACAGUCCCUGCUACAAUGACCAGUCAUGACCUUAUGAAGUUUGUCGCCCCAUUUAAUGAAGUAAUUGAACAAAUGAAAAUCAUCAGAGACUCUACUCCAAAUCAAUAUAUGGUGCUGAUAAAGUUUAGUGCACAGGCUGAUGCAGAUAGUUUUUAUAUGGCGUGCAAUGGCCGCCAGUUCAACUCCAUAGAAGAUGAUGUUUGCCAGCUGGUGUAUGUGGAAAGGGCUGAAGUACUGAAAUCUGAAGAUGGCGCCAGCCUCCCCGUGAUGGACCUGACGGAGCUCCCCAAGUGCACGGUGUGUCUGGAGCGCAUGGACGAGUCUGUGAAUGGCAUCCUCACCACAUUAUGUAACCACAGCUUCCACAGCCAAUGCCUGCAGCGCUGGGACGACACCACGUGUCCUGUGUGCCGGUACUGCCAAACGCCAGAGCCAGUGGAAGAGAAUAAGUGCUUCGAGUGUGGCGUGCAGGAAAACCUGUGGAUUUGUUUAAUAUGUGGCCACAUAGGAUGUGGACGGUAUGUAAGUCGACAUGCUUAUAAGCACUUCGAGGAAACGCAGCACACGUACGCCAUGCAGCUCACCAACCAUCGAGUCUGGGACUAUGCCGGAGAUAACUAUGUUCAUCGACUGGUUGCAAGUAAAACAGAUGGAAAAAUAGUACAGUAUGAAUGUGAGGGUGAUACUUGCCAGGAAGAGAAAAUAGAUGCCUUACAGUUAGAGUAUUCGUAUUUACUAACAAGCCAACUGGAAUCUCAGCGAAUCUACUGGGAAAACAAGAUAGUUCGGAUAGAGAAGGACACAGCAGAGGAAAUUAACAACAUGAAGACCAAAUUUAAAGAAACAAUUGAGAAAUGUGAUAAUCUGGAGCACAGAUUAAAUGAUCUCCUAAAAGAAAAGCAGUCUGUGGAAAGAAAGUGCACCCAACUAAACACGAAAGUGGCCAAACUCACCACAGAGCUCAAAGAGGAGCAGGAAAUGAACAAGUGUUUGCGAGCCAACCAAGUCCUCCUGCAGAACAAACUGAAGGAGGAGGAGAGGGUGUUGAAGGAGACCUGCGACCAGAAGGAUCUGCAGAUCACCGAAAUCCAGGAGCAGCUGCGUGACGUCAUGUUCUACCUGGAGACACAGCAGAAGAUCAACCACCUGCCUGCUGAGACCCGGCAGGAAAUCCAGGAGGGACAGAUCAACAUCGCUGUGGCCUCAGCCUCCAGCCCCCCCUCUUCGGGUGGCAGUGGGAAGCUGCCCUCCAGGAAAGGCCGCAGCAAGAGGGGCAAGUGACCUCUAGGAAACAGGUGUCCCUGAGACUGUUCUCCCUGGCGCGGCAAGGGUGUGCUGGGGUUUCAGCUACGUGUGAGGGUGGACCUUGAUUAAGUACAAGUGAGGACGGAGCCGCCGUUGUUUGGAUCUUUUCUUGGCUGGCGUGCGCUGUAGUAACUGGAGGGCCGGUGGCCGUGGCGAGGAGAGCUGAUGGGAACGGGCCGGGGCUUAAGAGGUGGCCGCUGUUUCCCACCAUAGGAGUUCACUAACCUCAGACGUUCUGAUGACCAUUUUGCCUUGCUACUUGACAGAAGCCCCAGCUCUGCUGUGCAGUUUUCCAUUGUAUUUAUUGAGUCAGUGGAUUUGACAUUCAGUUCUGGGGUCGGUUCAAGACGUCAAAUUUUUUUUUUUUUUUGGCAACCUCAGAGGUCACAUUACCUGAGGUCAUAGCAGCUGCUUUAAAGAGAGGUUUGCAUUGGCCACUGAGGAUUUAUGAAAAUUCCCUAGCGUUAGUCUCCUGUCAUUGUCCUCCCUCCCUGCAGUCUGGGAAUUGAAGAAUUGGUUGAAGGUCACAGGAAAAGAGGCUGGGCCAGUAAACCUUUAGUCACUAGCCUGUCACCAGCAGCCAUCUCUUGCUCCGGGGCUAGCCAGGAAAAACAAACAACCCGCCCAGGCUGAGCGGACCCAGUGUAGGAAAAAUGGUGGCGCUUCUACUUUGUUUUCAAUGACUCCAUACCACAUUAUGAACCUCAAGUAAGGAGGAGGCUGAAGGGUUACUCUAAGACCCAACUCUCAGAGUGGAUUUCCUAGCAUCUAGCAAGAAUCAGCAGGCAGAUUUAUCAUCCAUGUGAAAAUGCAGAGUGAGGCCUUUGACUAGCUGAUUGUGUAUUUUGCUGGGAUCAGUGUUUUCUGAAUGUUUACAAAAGAUCGGGCUGCAUGUUCAGGUUGCGGCUAGAGGGAGCUUGGGCAGAUUUUCAAUGAUGCUUUCAAGAUACAACCAAAGGCUGUUUCUAAAUCCGAAAAUUAGAAUUUUAACAGAGCCCCUUUAAAAGAGUCAUGCAAUGCUUGUUGUGAGCCAACAGAGGGGCUGUGUACUUUUUCUAGAAACCUUAACGUCAAGUAAUUCAUCCCACGCAGUAAUUGAGCAAACUUAAAGUAAGACCCGUGUUGGAAUUUAAGCUUCCAAAAGAGGUAGCUGGAUGGGUUAAUAAGACAUGCCGUUAAAUGAUGGGGUUUGUUUUCUGCUUUAGAAUUAGAGUUUUCAAAUGAUCACAUUUUAGAAUUGUUUUUUAGCCUAUGGUUAGACCUCAUCCCCUGUGGCCUAAAUGUCUUAUAUGUUAUGUGUUAGCACACAAGCUGUAUUGUUAAUCACCCCUCCAUUUUUGUGGGAUGUGCUGUAGCAUUUCCCAAAAAACCUCACCUGUAACUUUGCAAAAUGAAUGUACUCAGACAUUCUCAAUUUUUACUUAGGGCAGACCAACAAGUCCCCCUUGGACUUAUAUAUACAGGUAUCUUAAAGCAAGAAUGGGAAUGUAAAGCAUAACCUAAUUCUCUUUCCUAUAGAGAUUCUAUUUUAUUUAAAAUCUAUUUUUACACUAGUUAGAAUCCUGCUUUUUUGGCCAAGUACUUGUCUUGCAUGUCUGACCUUGCAGAAGCUGGGGUGGAUCGUAGCAUACUAAUUGAGAGAAUUAGAAGUAGUUGACAAAGCUUGCUCGCUCCUCAUUUUCCCAUGAUCACCUCCAUCAAACAGCCCUACCACUAGCUGGGAGAACAGAGAGCUUCAGUACAGGUGGGCUAAGUGCUCUGAAAGGCUGUGCCCAGAGGAAUGAGCAAAUAGGCAAAUGUUUCCAAACUACUUGAAGGUUUAAACAUUUUUUUCCAGAAAUAAAGAAUCUUAUCAAGAUACAUUAAGAAACUGUCUUUGAAAAAGGUCAAAGAGUCAUGUUUGAAUUUGACAAAAUUACAUAAGGUAGAAACUGUUCAUGUUUUCUUCAGGAUGGAAAUGAACCACUUAAUAUAUCCAUACUACCUUGAACAAUGAAAUUGCAUUAAAACAACCAAACUUUGACAUGA